UCCCUCGCGUCCAUCGUUUCUCAAAGCAGCAGCAGUGGCAGCGGCGUACGUAUACGGUAUACAGUAUAUUUGUGCGGUGCAUAUACGUGAGGAAUACGCGAGAUAUACGGUAUCAUGUCGGAGAGCAUGGCGGCGACGGGGAGGAUGUCGUCGAUGGAGCUGGAGCCCAAGACGCUCACCCUCGACCAGCUCAACUUCGCCAGGGAGGCGGCGCUGUACGUGCUGAGCACCAAGCCGGCGGAGGAGGCGAUCCGGAUCUUCACCGACGGCCUCAAGCCGGUGCAGCUCGCCGGCGCCGGCAACGUCAGGAAGGGCUCCGCGACGACGGUGGCGGCAGACUCGUCGUCGGACGACGACCUCGACAUCGGCUGGUUCGGCCACUCCGGCAAGGCCUACUGCCGCCACCACGGCCGCCGUUCUUCCACCGCCGUCGAAAGGGACAUCGCCACCGCGCCCUUCUAGCUCCAGCAUCCAAGCAGCUAGAAUAAUUACAUACUAGUUGCAUUCUGUUUCUUUCUUUCUUUCUUUCUUCCUUAUCGUUUUGCUAGCUUUUGUUUAAUUUGUUUUCAGCUAGCUGUGGCCUUCUUCAUUUUUUAUAACCAAAGAGGCCAAGCUUUAGUUAAUUUAGCGAGCUAGUGCGGCAAAUUUUGGUUUUUAUAUAGCACUAUAAUAUAGUCGAUGGCCUAGCUAGAGAGGCAGAUUGGCUAUAAGAGGCGCCGUGACGCUACUCAAGUGUGCAUGUAAAUAUCAGCAGCUACUCAUCUAGCCAAAAGCACUGUACAUUAACGCACA